UACAUUCCUGUUCAGAGCUUGGAAGUAACUCGUUUCUUUUUUACCUAACGAGUGGGUAAUUCCAUUACCUUUUGCAAGUAAUAGAACGACUAGUAAUUUCACUACUUUUCAGCUGCUACUUUAACGUUUUAGCGUUACGUUUUGACGUUACUUGGGGGUGGGAGCAAUUGGAAGUCUUCAGCUCCUGUGACUGGUGGACACAAGACAUGUGCCUCACACACUUCUGCGCAGCCUCAAUCUUCCCUCGUGCUCUGUGUUAGGAGACACGAGGCAGGGGGCCGUGGAGCGCGAGAGAGAAAAAAUGGAUGGUGGAAAAGAAGGCAGCAGCAGCAGCAGCAGAAAGCAGCUCCUUUGGUCAUUUCCAAGCAAAGGAACAUGAUGUUGCCUCAGGUACAUCAGCAAGAUCAGUUGCAAAUGACAAUUUGAGACGUGGACUGUGUUUGACCAGGGUUUCUGUUACCAAGCUGAACCAUCUGGUGACGAAUCAAUUGGUAACCUGUGGAAUUCCAGCAGUGGGCAUUUCGCCUUUUGGAACUUGGAAAACAGCAAGCAAGAAUGUCAUCCAGGCUGGUACUGAUAUAGUAAAGGAUGUUUUAGACUCAGGUUAUGUUCCAGUUUUACAUGGUGAUUGUGCUCUGGACUUGGAACAGCAUUGUUGUAUCUUAUCUGGAGAUAAAAUCAUUGAGGUUCUUGCUAAGAAUUUCUCUCCUAGACGUGUUGUGUUUCUCACAGAUGUCAGUGGAAUUUACAGCUGUCCACCUGACACUCCAGGGGCUAGGCUUGUGGAUUCCAUUGUCAUUGGCCCUGAUGGAAAUAUGAAGCCACCUGUGAUCACAUCUGCACUGCCACAUGAUAGUACUGGAGGUGUGUCCUUGAAGUUGCAAACUGCUGUAAAUAUAGUUUUCCAGAGUCAUGGAGCCAUUCCAGUUCUGAUCUGCAAACUGGGCAGUGAAGCAGCUGAAAGGGCUUGUUUGACCGGGGAGUUGAAGGAAGGUGAAGGCACCAAGUUUUCUUUCAUGGAAGUGUGAAGACAUUUCUGCAAGGGCCUUAAAGUAGGUGGAAGAAGGAUUUCAUUGAGGUGGUAUGUCAGACCUCCUUUCCCGGUCUGGUCCCGUCACGGAUCUCUCUCAAUCCCACUACUAGGCGUCACUGCCUGACACACUGUAAAGCAAUGCUACCCUGAGACUUAGCCUUAGUCUACUUCUUUAACAGCUUGCUAUUAAGUGUCUAAGUUGAUUUAAGCCACAACCCCCCUGUAUCUUUCUGACGUUAAAGACUACAGCCCUAGGUCACCUUUGGAUACCUGCUGCUGCUACACUAUCCGUUCACCACUGCCACCAUAGCACUCAAAGAGGAGUGGAAUAAACUCAUCUGUGCGUCCAGGUCUAAAAAUUCAAAAAAUUUCUGGUCUAUUAUUUCGUCUGUCUUUAGACCAUUGCCUUCGGUUAUGUGUUCCAUUUCCCCCCAAUUAUGGGAAUGUUAUUUCACGUCCCUGUACCAGAAUGAAUGCUCUAAUGACUUUACCCCUUUUUCUUUCCCCGAUUCCUUUUCCCUCCCGCCAUGGACGCCUGUCACCCAAUCUGAAAUAAGGGAAAUGAUAGUGGGCUUAAAAAAAGGUAAAGCGCCGGGCCUUGAUAAUAUCCCCCCUGAGCUUCUACAAAACUUCCAGGAUUGGUGGACCCCUUUACUUGCUAAGUUGUUUACUAGGUUUAAUGAAUCGGGGCAUUUCCCGCCAUCCUGGCAAGAAGCAAUAGUUAUUCCCAUCUUUAAAAAAAGGGAUAGAGAGGACCCCUCCAAUUACCGUCCUAUUAGCCUUUUAUCAGUUAUUGGCAAAUUGUAUGCCUCCUACCUGAAAGUAAAACUUCAGUACUGGAUGGACGAACAAAAUAUACUUGGCAUGGAACAAGCAGGAUUUAGAAAAGGCUUUUCCGCUUUAGAUCACUGCCUUAUUUUACAUCAUCUUGCGGACAAGUAUAAUAAACAUAAGGGCAAUGGCUUGUACGUCGCCUUUAUUGAUUUAAGAGCUGCAUUCGACUCUAUCCCAUGUGACAAACUUUGGUCGAAACUCUUAAAUUUCACUAUUAAUAAAAGACUUCUUUUUUUGAUAUACCAUCUUCAUCAACAUACAUCUUUGCGAGUAUGUUGUGGGAAGGAUGGCGGUUUAUCAAAUUCCAUCCCCACGUUUACAGGGGUGAGACAGGGAUGUAUUUUGCCCCCCCUUCUUUUUAAUUUAUAUUUAAAUGAUUUGAACGCACAUUGUCUUUCUCCCAACUUCCACAAUCCUAAGAUAGCGUCUGUGUGCUGCCCGUUGUUGCUAUACGCCGACGAUGCUGCGCUUAUUUCACUCUCAAAGAUUGGUCUUAAACGUACGAUAAGGGCGUUUAUGGCCUAUUGUAUAGAGAAUCAAUUAACAAUAAAUUAUGAUAAAACCAAAAUCCUUGUGUUCUCUAAACGUAGAAUUUCUCCAAUUUGGAAAAUUAACGAUCACCAAAUUGCUCAGGUAGCCCAAUAUAAAUACCUUGGUAUUAUUUUCCACUCUUCUUUGAACUGGUCUACUCAUAUUAAAUCAGCGGUAAUGAGAGCAAGGAAUUCUAUAAAGAGCUUGCUUCGAUAUUUUUAUUAUAAAGGAGGGCAAUUUGUGCCAGCGAUUAUCCAGAUAUUCAAAAAUAAGAUUAUUCCCCAACUCUUAUAUGGAGUACCAAUCUGGAUCCACUCCUUGGAUCCUUCAGUUGAAGCCGGGCUCUCUAUCCUGUUACGUCGCCUUCUCGGUGUCCCGAGGUGUGUACCAUCGGCGGCGCUCAGGCUAGAAUGUGGGUUAAUAUCAUUGGAAUGCCAGGCUUGGUUGACGACUGUCAACUAUUGGGUUAAAAUAUCCUCCAAUACUUUCCCGGGUCUUUUAUCCCUAUAUUGGGAUGAUAAUUGGCCUUCUACUUGGAAUAAAAAACUGGAAACAAAAUUGUUGAGAAUGGGUCUUUCUAAAGAUUAUUUAUCUACUCAAUCGCCAAGUGAUGCGCUAAAUAUAAUUCGUACCCGUUUCAAGGCAAAUGCAAUUCAAUAUAAACAAGUGUAAAAUUAUGCAUAUUGGAGCAAAAAAUCUUAAUUUCACAUAUACGCUCAUGGGGUCUGAACUGGCGGUGACCGACCAGGAGAGAGACCUCGGGGUUGUAGUGGACAGCGCGAUGAAAAUGUCAACCCAGUGUGCGGCAGCUGUGAAAAAGGCAAAUUCCAUGCUAGCGAUAAUUAGGAAAGAUAUUGAAAAUAAAACAGCCGAUAUCAUAAUGCCGUUGUAUAAAUCUAUGGUGCGGCCGCAUUUGGAAUACUGUGUACAGUUCUGGUCGCCUCAUCUCAAAAAGGAUAUUAUAGAGUUGGAAAAGGUUCAGAAGAGGGCAACCAGAAUGGUCAAGGGGAUGGAGCGACUCCCUUACGAGGAAAGGUUGCAGCAUUUGGGGCUUUUUAGUUUAGAGAAAAAGCGGGUCAGAGGAGACAUGAUAGAAGUGUAUAAAAUUAUGCAUGGCAUUGAGAAAGUGGAUAGAGAAAAGUUCUUCUCCCUCUCUCAUAAUACUAGAACUCGUGGACAUUCAAAGAAGCUGAAUGUUGGAAGAUUCAGGACAGACAAAAGGAAGUACUUCUUUACUCAGCGCAUAGUUAAACUAUGGAAUUUGCUCCCACAAGAUGCAGUAAUGGCCACCAGCUUGGACGGCUUUAAAAGAAGAUUAGACAAAUUCAUGGAGGACAGGGCUAUCAAUGGCUACUAGCUGUGAUGGCUGUGCUGUGCCACCCUAGUCAGAGGCAGCAUGCUUCUGAAAACCAGUUGCCGGAAUCCUCAGGAGGGGAGAGUGUUCUUGCACUCGGGUCCUGCUUGCGGGCUUCCCCCAGGCACCUGGUUGGCCACUGUGAGAACAGGAUGCUGGACUAGAUGGGCCACUGGCCUGAUCCAGCAGGCUCUUCUUAUGUUCUUAUGUUCUUAAGGAUAUCGAUUUCCAGACUUCAACCAGCAUGGCCUUGAAAAUAUGUUCCCCUCUGUAUUUGAAUUUAAAUUUUGCACCUGGUAAGAUCGCUUCUUACUUAGAUAUGUUAAUAAUUCCUAAGCUACGUGUAGCAUUCUCUAAAGCUAGGUUCAACUCCUCAGACUCUGCGGUUCUUGAAGGAAGGUUUAGAGGGAUUCCAUAUGAACAACGAAUUUGUCCUUGCGGGGUUGGUUCCAUUGAAACCCUUCACCAUUGUUUCCUUUCCUGUUCCUUAUACUCCCAGAUUCGUAAUAAGUUUCUAAAUCCUAUAAUGGCGAAUGUACAUCAUAAAUCCUCUGAUGCUAUGAUUGCUUACCUUUUUGCUGGUUUAGAUAAAGAAAUUACUAUUCAAGUCGCCAAGUUUGUAUAUGUGGCCCAGCAGAAACGUGCUUUCCAUUUAUUGUAGUUAAUAUAUAAGCUCAGUCAAAUAGAGCUGUGUUAUUGCAUCUGUACUCUGUCAUAAGUUGUUGACUGUAAUCCACAUUUUCUCUCUUUUUAAAUAUGGGUCUAUGACCGCAAAUAAAUAAACUAACUAACACUACCACCAUA